CGUGAUGUUUGCGAGUUGCGGACGAUUACUGUGUAAUCGGAGCAGGUGAGUACCAAAGACCACGCCGUCUGAAAAUGACACGUCCGGCAGCUGCAAACAUCGGUGUUUGCCUGAGGUGAUAAAAAGUUGCCAGCACAGCAGAAAAGUGGUCGGUGGAGACCGGGGGCAGAACUCUCCAGCCAUAAAAAUCCACUGGCGCCUCAGUCCCCCGCUCACUGGCACCAUGAGGGCAUUCAUCUUGGCCCUGCUAGUCUCCCUGGCGGGGAGCGAGAAGUACCCCGUGGAGCCAGAAUUUAGCAGCAGCAAGACCUACGUGUACAGUUACGAAGGACAGCUCCUCAGUGGGUUGCCAGACAGAGAUCUGGCGAGAGCUGGGUUGAAAAUCUCGUGCAAAGUGGAGAUUAGCGGAGCAUCAGAGAAGGCACACUACCUCAAGAUCCGAUCUCCACAAGUAGACGAAUACAACGGCUACUGGCCCCAAGAUGCCUUCGUUCACUCUUCCAAGCUCACCCGUAUCCUCGCUUCCCACCUGAACGCGCCCAUCAAAUUCGAAUAUGUCAAAGGGAGGGUCGGAGCCAUUUUUGCCCCGGAGGACAUGUCCGACACCGUUGUGAACAUACUGAGAGGAAUCCUCCAAAUGUUGCACUUGACCAUCAAGAAAACCCAGUCGGUGUAUGACCUGCAGGAGAUGGGGAUCGGAGGACUCUGUCACACCAGAUACAUCAUCCAGGAAGACAAGAAGGAAGAGAGCAUCACCAUCAGCAAGACCAAGGACCUCAACAGUUGCCAAGACAAGGUGGUGAAGAGCAGCGGGAUGGCUUACAAGUUCACCUGCCCUUUCUGCGACAAGAGAGACAAGACCACGAAAGGGACGGCCUCGUACACGUACAAGAUGAAAUACGCGGAAGCGGGCGCCUUGAUCACCCAAGUUAAGGCUCAGCAGGUGUAUCAGACGGCUCCCUUCAACGAACUCAACGGCGUUGCCGUCGCUGAAUCCAAGCAAGUAUUUACUCUGCUUGAAAUUAAAAGCAAACAGACCCCGCCGGAAAUACACCUGCGGAAUCACGGAAACAUCCGGUACCAUUUCCCUAAAGAGAUGCAACAGAUGCCGAUGCAGAUAAUAAAGUUAAAAAAUCCCGAAGACCGGAUCUUGGAGACCCUGAAAUAUUUAGUACAGGCCAAUCAGCACGAUAUCAAGGAAGACGCCCCAACCAAAUUCCUCGAGCUCACCCUGCUUUGCCGGGCAUCGACUUUCGAAGGUCUGGACGCUGUCUGGAAGCAGUACGAGGGGAAGAGCCACUACAGGCGAUGGCUGCUGAGUGCCAUUUCCAUGGCCGGCUCUUUUGACUCGUUCAAGUUCCUGAAAAAAAAGAUUCACGGGGAGGAGACCCACUUCACGGAAACAGCUGCCAUCCUCUCGCUGGUCUUCCAUUCUAUCAGACUCGAAGAGAAACUGAUACCUGAGGUCAUCGAUCUAGUGACCAGCUCGCGGAUUAAGAAAGACGCCACAUUCCUCCAAAUUGCACUCCUGGGAUACGGUUCCUUCGUGUACAGAUACUGCGCCGCCUCUUCCACCUGUCCGAAUGCCGUUCUUCAGGUCCUCCACGACUUUGCGGCCGAGGCGCUUAGCAAAGGCCACGAGGAAGAGAUGGCCAUCGCCCUGAAGGCCCUGGGCAACGCCGGCCAGCCGGCCAGCAUGAAGCGCAUCCAGAAAUUCCUGCCGGGAUUUUCAUCCACUGCUUCUGAUCUCCCCGUCAGGAUUCAGGCGGAAGCCGUGAUGGCGUUCAGAAAAAUGGCUUGGAAGGAUCCCAAAAAAGUGCAGGAUGUCCUUCUUCAGGUGUACGUAGACCGCUCGAUCCACCCCAACGUCCGGAUGGCGGCCUGUGUGAUCCUGUUCGAAACCAAGCCGGGCCUGACUCUGGUCAUGAUCAUAGCCAGUUCGGUGCAAAAAGAGACCAGCUUGCAAGUGGCCAGUUUCACUUAUUCGCACAUGAAGGUGCUGUCCAAGAGCACGAUCCCGGAGUUUGCCAACGUCACCACUGCCUGUGGAAUCGCCAUCAAAUUCCUCAACCCCAAGCUGGACUAUCUGAGCUACCGCUAUAGCAAGGCUUUGCGCUUUGAAAAAUACGUAGAUCCAUAUCGAGCUGCUGCAAUCGGAAGUGUCUACUUGAUGAACAGUCCAAAGACUAUGUUUCCAGAAACUAUAAUUUCCAAAUUCAGAACCCACUAUGCAUGUUCGAUAACUGAUUUUUUCGAGUUUAGCAUCCGGACUCAAGGCCUGACUGAUGUUCUCUGGAAACAAAACACCCCAUUUGCUGACUUUUCCAUGACCAAGAAGAUCAAAGAACUUGUGAAAACUUUAUUUGGAUGGAAGGCAUUACCUUCUGAGAAACCCCUGAUCUCAGCUGACAUCAAAGUAUUUGGUCAAGAGCGGUUCUUUCUCGAUAUCAACAAGGACCUUAUUCAGAAGGCACUGAAGGUAUUCUUCGAACCGGUAGAGAGGCACGGCGCGAUGAAGAAAGUCGUCACCCAGCUCCAGAAUGGCGUUUCCACACAGUGGACCCAACCGAUGUUGAUGGAGGAAGUCAACUACAUUGUACCCAGCCUCCUGGGUCUCCCGCUCGACCUUAGUUUUUACUCGACCGGCUUUGUUCACGCUUCGGCGUCGGUUGGCAUGAAGAUGUCACCCCCUAUGUCCAACAACUUCCGGGUUUCACAGCUGUUUGAGUCUGUUAUUCAAGCUCAAGCUGACAUUGGUCCAAGCGUGUACUUGCACACGGUGGCGACCAUGACGGUGAACACACCCCUCUUCCAGUCCGGCAUCGAGUUCCACACCGAGUUCCAGGCGACUUCCCCGGUGAAAUUUGACGCCAAGCUGCACAUGAAAUCCAAAAGUUUCAAGUUUGAAACGAGCCCGUCUCAUAAAGAAACCGAGCUGACAAAGUUUAGGUCUAUAGCUUACGCCGUCUCCAGAAACGUCGACGAGCCGGACGUGGAGAAGAAGACACCAGUCGUACCUCCGGAUGUCCCGAACGACAUGGAAAAGGUCUAUUUUAAAUCAACUGAAUUAACUUCAAGAGAAAACCCCAUGAUGCCGAGGCCGGCUUACGGAAUGAUGCCGAAGAAACAUCCCCACAUGCCUAAAAGACAUCAUCACACUUUAUCUGGAAAACAAUCCACACAGACCUUUUGUGUCAAAGUAUAUCCUUUUGGAUAUCAGAUCUGCUUUUCCAUCAAAUCCUCCAGUGCCUCAUUCAUCAGUCCUGCCCUUCUUUACAAAGUCAUCGGAGAACAUGCCUUUAAAGUGGUUGUGAAACCAGUUUCUGCAGCUAAUACAAUUGACAAGAUCCAGUUGGAGAUUCAGACAGGGCCCAAAGCGGCUUCGAAAAUUAUCCGCACCGUAACUGCUGGGGACGCGGAUGUUGACGAUCGCAAACACGAGGAUGGUGACGGCAGUGAUGAAGACAUCUCGCACGAUGAGGCCGUGCAACUGAAAUUGAAAAAGAUCCUAGGAAUCGAUAAAGUUUUUCAGGUUAAGAAGAAAAACGGAACUAAGUGGAAGUUUCCCAAGAAGGUUUCACCGAAGAAGAUCAAGGCCAUCGCUGCCAUCCAAACCGAAGCGGGCCUAAAGAUUCACUCCAAGUCGUCCUCCGCCUCGUCGAUGACCUCUUCCAAGACCUCUUCUCUGACUUCGUCCUCGUCCCCCUCCGUCGCCGGCCGGGACAGGCACAGAGGUGAAAAGGACAAGUCCAAGAGGUCUAAGCACCACCAUAAAAGCAGCAGCAGCAGCAGCAGCAGCAGCGGAGACAUGGGUGAGAAGAAAAAGAGCGGCGGAAGCAGUAUUAGCAGUAACGUCAACAGCAGCAACAGCAGCAGCAGCAGCAGCAAAAGCAGCAGCAGCAGCAAGGAUCACAGCAGCAGCAAAAGCAGCAGUAGCAAGGGAAGCAGUAGCAGCAAAAGCAGCAGCAGCAAGGGAAGCAGCAGCAGCAAAAGCAGCAGCAGCAGCAGCAAGGGAAGCAGCAGCAGCAAAAGCAGCAGCAGCAAGGAUCACAGCAGCAGCAAAAGCAGCAGCAGCGAGGGAAGCAGCAGCAGCAAAAGCAGCAGCAGCAAGGGAAGCAGCAGCAGCAAAAGCAGCAGCAAAAGCAGCAGCAAAAGCAGCAGCAGCAAGGGAAGCAACAGCAGCAGCAACAGCAAAAGCAGCCACAGCAAAAGCAGCAGCAGCAAAAGCAGCCACAGCAAAAGCAGCAGCAGCAGCAGCAAAAACAGCAGCAGCAAAAACAGCAGCAGCAGCAGUAGCGAGAGCAACCAUUUGGGAAGGAAACACAAUGCAAGAAGGCCUGAAAAGGCACUGGUGUUUGACAAGACUCAUCACCACAAAAACAACAGCAGCAGCAGCAGCAGCAGCAGCAGCAGUAGCAGCAGCAGCAGCAGCAAAAACAACAGCAGCAGCAGCAGCAGCAGCAGCAGUAGCAGCAGCAGCAGCAGCAACAGCAACAGCAGCAGCAGCAGCAGCAGCAGCAGCAGCGAGAGCAAGGAGAAAGGGGGACCCCUGGAGAUUUACCAGUACAAAUUCAAAUCUGCACACAAGCAAGAGGUUCCAAAGAAGAUGAGUGGGGAAAGCAUGGGCGGUAAAAAGAGUAGCCAUGGCAGUAACAGCAGCAAGAGCAGCAGCCGCAGCAGCAAGAGCAGCAAGAGCAGCAGCAAGAGCAGUAGCCACAGCAGUAGCCGCAGCAGCAGCAGCAACGGCAGCAGCAGCAGUAGCCACAGCAGCAGUAGCCACAGCAGCCAUAGCAGCAGCAGCAGCAGCAGCAGCAGCAGCCAUUCUAGUUCUGCUUCUUCAGAAGGCAGCAACCAAGAAAAAUCUCAGCCUAAAUUCCUGGGAGACAGUCAUCCCCCAGCCGUGGCCGCCGUCUUCCGCGCUUUCCGAAGCGACAAGAAGCAGGCUGGUUACCAGUUUAUGAUGUACACAGACACACACUCCUCCAGACCCAGGAUGCAGUUAUUUUUCUCCAGCAUCUCCGCCACCAGCAAGUGGAAGUUCUGUGCCGAUGCUUUAGUUGUUAACACCCACAAGGCAGCGGCGUCUCUGAAGUGGGGUCAGAACUGCCGGCAGUAUAAAGUGGCUACCAAGGUUGUGACCGGCCGGUUUGCUGACCACCCCGCUCUGCAAGUCAAAGCAGAGUGGCCCAAAGUCUCCUCACAGAUCCGAAAGGCUGCAAACUGGUUUUACCCAUUCUUUCCAGGAUUAGCGUACAUGUUUGGAUUCUACGGGAAAGAAUGGAAAAACCCGUCUCGACAGGCCACUUUUGUGGUGUCUGCAACUUCCGCGAGAACGUCCGCUGUUGUGAUCAAACUUCCUGACUUCACUAUUUAUGACAGAGCCAUUUGGCUCCCAUUCUCAGUCCCUGUAGGACCGCACGUUUCACCUUCCACUCAGCCACCAGCUCCCUGGAACUUCUUCUCUGAAGCCUCGUCGUUAUUCGUAGAGAACCUUAAAGCUCGCUGUUAUGCCGAAGGAAAUAAUAUCACCACCUUCAAUGGAAUUAACUACAACUACGAGAUGCUUGCAAAGUGCUACCAUGUCUUAGCCCAGGACGGCAGCCAGGAUCCAAAAUUCAUGGUGAUGAUAAAGAAAGUGGAAGAAUCGACCGACGGCAAGGCCAUCAGCGUCAAACUGGGCAAUCAUGACAUUGACAUGUAUCCCAAAGAAGGCCACCUCAAACUGAAAAUUAAUGGUUUAGAAACCCAGGUGGAGAAACUCCCAUAUGAAUCCAGUUCUGAACCAACCGUACUCAUUGAGAAGGAGAAAAAUGGCGUAACCCUCAUUGCUCCAGCAUAUGGCAUCGACAGACUUUUCUACGACGGAAAGGCCUGCAAGGUUCAAGUGUCACUGUGGAUGAUUGGAAAGACCCAAGGCAUGUGUGGCAGCUGCGACGCUGAACAUAACCUGGAAUUCCAAAUGCCCAAUGGCCAGCUAGCUAAAAAUGCAGUGAGUUUUGCCCAGUCUUGGAUUUUAGCAGAAGAUUCCUGUGAUUCGGCUUGUGCCCUGCAGCGCAAAGUCAUGAAAAUUGAGAAACGUGUUGGAUAUGAAAGACGGGCCUCCACCUGCCUGUCCAUCCACCCCGUCUUGACGUGUCGAGAGGGAUGCUCACCCACCAGAACUGCCCCCUUCGCCGUCGGUUUCCACUGUCUGACAGCUGGAUCCGCUUCUGCUCUCCCUGACGAGCACAGUAACUUGGACCAGAAAUCCGAAGAUUUGGUAGAAACCGUCGAUGCCCACGCGACGUGCGCCUGUAGUAAACUACAGUGUGCCGCGUGAAACUACACGUUGCUCGAUUCCCGGAACGUUGUUUGGAGUUCAGGAUUUUUUGAACUGGGCGGUAACCGACGCAGUUCGGUAUUCGGCAACGGGAAGACAGUACUGACUCUUCUAAUUUAUAAUCUUCCAAGGUGUGGCUGUAGCGGGAGAUUUUGGAAAUGUUUUUAGGUUUGUCCGAGGCUAGAAUAAAUCUUUCCGUUUAAUAA